AUGCAGGUGACCCUCUGCGUCUUCUGGGGCUUCGGCGUCUUCUUAGCGUCGGGGUACAGCUCCUUUAGCAAGAGCGUGGAGACGCUGGGCAAGAAGCAGUACCAGGUCCAGCACGGGUCGUGCAGCUACACCUUCCUUCUGCCCGAGACGGACAACUGCCGCUCCUCCGCGUCCUACGUCUCCAACGCCGUGCAAAGGGAUGCGCCUUUGGACUACGAUGAUUCAGUUCAGAGACUGCAACUACUUGAAAACAUCAUGGAGAACAACACUCAGUGGCUCAUGAAGCUUGAGAAUUACAUCCAAGACAGUAUGAAGAAAGAGAUGGUAGAGAUCCAGCAAACUGCAGUGCAGAACCAGACUGCAGUAAUGAUUGAAAUAGGCACAAACUUACUAAAUCAAACAGCUGAACAGACCCGCAAAUUAACAGAUGUUGAAGCACAAGUAUUAAACCAGACAACCAGACUUGAACUUCAGCUUUUGGAACACUCUCUUUCAACAAACAAACUAGAAAGACAGAUUUCAGAUCAGACCAACGAGAUAACUAAAUUACAAGAAAAAAACAGCUUUCUAGAAAAAAGAGUUCUUGAGAUGGAAGACAAGCACACACUUCAGCUGAAGUCAAUAAAAGAUGAAAAAGAUCAGCUUCAAGCCCUAGUAGCGAGACAGAAUUCUAUCAUAGAAGAACUAGAAAAACAGUUAGUUACAGCUACAGUAAACAACUCGGUUCUGCAGAAACAGCAACAUGAUCUGAUGGAGACUGUUCAUAACUUGCUUACUAUGAUAUCUACACCAAACUCAGCUAAGACCAACUUCAUAGCUAAAGAGGAGCAAAUAAGCUUCAAAGACUGUGCUGAAGCAUUCAAAUCUGGACUGACAACAAGUGGAAUCUACACUUUAACAGUUUCAAACACUGUACAAGAAAAGAAGGCCUACUGUGACAUGGAAACUGGUGGAGGAGGCUGGACAGUGAUUCAGAGACGUGAAGAUGGCAGCGUGGACUUCCAUCGGACAUGGAAAGAAUACAAGAUGGGAUUUGGUGAUCCUGCUGGGGAGUACUGGCUGGGAAAUGAGUUUGUUUCUCAACUGACUAAUCAGAAGCGUUAUGUUCUUAAAAUACACCUGAAAGACUGGGAAGGAAAUGAGGCAUAUUCAUUGUAUGACCACUUCUCUCUAGCAAAUGAAGAGCUAAAAUACAGGAUCUACCUUAAAGGACUUACUGGGACAGCGGGCAAAAUAAGUAGUAUAAGCCAACCAGGAAAUGAUUUUAGCACAAAGGAUGCAGACAAUGACAAAUGUAUUUGCAAAUGUUCACAAAUGCUAACAGGAGGGUGGUGGUUUGAUGCAUGUGGUCCUUCCAACCUCAACGGAAUGUAUUAUCCAUUACGACAGAACAACAACAAGUUCAAUGGUAUCAAGUGGUACUACUGGAAAGGAUCAGGAUACUCCCUCAAAGCCACGACUAUGAUGAUUCGACCAGCAGAUUUCUAAAUGCUUUUGCAUUAUGUGAAUUAUGUAUUGUGUAGUCUUCAGAGACUUCAUUUGCCGAGCACAUAAAAACACAUCUGCAGCUCCUCUCAUUUUACAGCCCAGAAAACAAGCGCUCGUACUCUGAAGGGAUGGGUUCAGUACAAUUCCUGAAUUGCAAUAGCCUUGGAUCAGCUAAGUCUCGUAUUAUUCAACCGGACAGAAAGUCUGAAGCAUCAACCUGAUACAACAGUGAUUUGGCCAAAAAAACUGAAUAAAAAGAACAUCAAAGAAACUGUCAGACAACUGAAGGACUGUGUUUUACUGAUCAUUUAUGUUAUAUAUUUGUUAGUAAAUAACUGGAACUGUGAAAAAUAGUUUUAGAAAUAUGCAUUUUGCCUCAUCACUGAACUUUAAACAUUACUCUAAUAUAAAACACUUAACUAGAUCUAGAUCUAUUUAUCUCUGUGUCAUGUUUGCCUUUUAUGUACAUAAAAAAAUACUGCCCUGUAAUUAGCUCCGUACUGUAGUUAAAGAAUACAGUCUUUCCCCUCAUAGUCUCCUAAACAACUUCUUACACUU